AUGAAGCUUGUGAGCCAUAGCGCCAAACUUUUGGAGCUGGAAGCUAUCCAGUCGUUCAUGAAUAGCGACGGCGCUCUCGAGGUGUUGUUGACAAGACUCAAGGAGUCGCUAAACACAGGUGACGAGAUUUCAAAAUAUGUGAAAAGAAAAGCUAUGAUAGAGGAUGAGCACUAUGGUCUACUCAAGAAGUACUCAUCCAAUUUGCGCUCGAAUAUGAAGGCGUCCAGGCUGAUGAAAACUGACAACUUUGCUAAGAAAUUUGAUUCAAUUGUGGAGUUUGACGAAAAACUUUACAAUGUGGGAAGCUCAUAUGUAACAGCAUUGAACGUGAUGCAUGAUGAACUUGUCUCGCUCAUGAAUACGGUUUCAAAGUCUAGAAAGCUGAUCAAGGAGGAGUGCAAGCGCAAGGAAAAAGAGUGCUCCGAUGCUAUUCUUUUGGCUGAUAAGGCAAAACAAAAAUACUACCAUUUGUGCGAUGACUUAGAAAAAUUGAAAACCUCAGACCCAAACAAGAAGUCCUUUUUGAAGAAUAAGACCGCCGAACAACAAGAAGAUGAACUACAAAGAAAGGUCGAUUCUGCAGAUCUGGAUUACAAGCUUAAAGUCUCACACAGUCGCAAGAUCAAAGAUGAGAUCUUGAUGAUUCAUAGACCAAUGCACUCAAAAAAACUUAAGAAUUUGAUUUUGGAAUUGGAUAUUGCAAUGAGUGUCCAGCUUCAAAAAUUUGCCACUUGGAGCGAGAAUCUCGUCAUGAACUCUGGCGUCUUAAUCGCUCCUUUACAAAGUGACAAGCUGUCAAUGAAGGCUCUUGCAUCAGAUAUUGAUAACGAGUUAGAUUUAUACAAUUAUCUUCGAGCCAAUAUGAGAUCAUCCACCAACAAAUCUCUUGUGCCAGUGGACUACAUUGCUCACCCAUCUUUUUCCAAAAUCACCCAACCAGUUAAGCCGUUUUUCAAUAGCAGUGCUAACAAAAGCACCAACAUUAAUGGUCCUAAUACAAUUUUUGCCCCUGAGUCGGAAAUCCAGCAGAGCGGAUCUUCUAAGCAAGUUCCAGAGCUCGCGUCAAACACUUCCAGUCCACCGUUCAGUGACCAAAGCGGCAACCCAGCUCAUGCUUACAAUUCCCUAGAUCCAGCCUCAGAAGAAUUGAAGGGUCCUCGUCUGCUUUCCCUGAUUAAAGUUUCUGCACAGCCCACUUUCAGCGUCUCUAUCGAAGAGGUUAUUCAAUUUGCAGGAAUUGAUAACGUUCCUUUGAUAGUCAAAAGGUGCAUUGAUGUCAUUGAAAAUUAUGGGUUGAAUAUAGAGGGUCUCUACAGAACUAGUGGCAAUAAGACGACUGUUCAAAGUCUAAAGGAAUCAAUUGACUCGAACUUUGCAAACUAUUUAUUAAUUGGGAACAACUUAGAUCCUGAGAACGUCUUAGAUGCUGAUAUCUACUGUACGGCUUCCCUCUUAAAGCUUUACUUCACAUGUCUUCCAGAGCCACUUUUAACAGCCGAGUAUUACCAAGCCUUCAUUGAUACAGUCAAGUCAAACAACGAGCUUAACAUCGCAAAGAAGUUACAUCACUUGGUGUACAAUUUACCGGAUGGGGCAUAUUUCACUCUCCGGGCAUUGAUCUUCCAUCUCAACAAAGUAGCCGCAAACGAGAGCACGAACAGAAUGAGCGCCAAGUCUUUAUCGAUUAUCUGGGGGCCAGCUAUUUUGUGUGACCAGCUAAUGUCGCCACAGGAUUUGAGUUAUAAGAGCAAGGUUGUAGAGGAGUUGAUGCUCAUUGCAAACGAGAUUUUCGAGACGGACUAG